GGAAAGGGUCUUCUGAAAAUCGCAUCACCACAUCUCUUUGGAUUUUGAAACUCAAUUUUAUAGACAAAAACACCAAGUCAUAUGCAAUUUGAAUGUAGUUUCAUUUGACCUGGAAUUGAAUUGAAUUGAAUAAUGGCCGGGGAAAACAAUCCUCAAGAGAUGAAGGUGGUGAAGGGACCAAAUGGCUAUGUGCUUGAAGAUGUUCCUCACUUGAGCGAUUACCUCCCCAACAUCCUUACUUUUUCUAAUCCAUUGCGUUCUGAUCCUGCAUAUUCAGUUGUGAAACAAUACUUUGUUGACAUGGAAGAUGUAGUGCCCCAAAAGGUUGUUGUUCACAUUGAUAGUCCAAGAGGUGUACAUUUUAGACGUGCUGGUCCUCGUCAAAAGGUGUAUUUUUGUCCAAGUGAGGUGCAUGCAUGUAUUGUAACAUGUGGUGGUUUAUGCCCUGGCUUAAAUACUGUGAUCAGGGAAAUUGUUCAUAGCCUUCACACAUAUGGUGUCACUGAAGUCCUUGGAAUAGAAGGUGGGUAUAUGGGUUUCUAUGCGCGGAAUACAAAAAAAUUAACCCCAAAGCUUGUAAAUGACAUACAUAAACGUGGUGGUACAAUCCUUGGAACAUCUAGAGGAGGUCAUGAUACCACCAAAAUUGUAGAUAGCAUACAGGAACGUGGAAUUAACCAGGUGUAUAUAAUUGGUGGCGAUGGAACUCAGAAAGGAGCAGCACUAAUCUAUAAGGAAAUUAGACGGCGUGGUCUCCAUGUUUCUGUGGCCGGAAUUCCCAAAACAAUUGACAAUGACAUUCCGGUUAUUGAUAAAUCAUUUGGCUUUGAUACUGCUGUAGAGGAGGCUCAACGUGCCAUCAAUGCGGCUCAUGUUGAAGCUGAAAGCGCUGAGAAUGGCGUUGGUGUGGUGAAGCUAAUGGGUCGCUAUAGUGGAUUCAUUGCCAUGUAUGCUACACUGGCCAGCAGAGAUGUUGACUGCUGUUUGAUCCCAGAAUCACCAUUCUACCUUGAAGGAAGCGGUGGACUUCUUGAGUUCGUCGUGAAACGACUAAAAGAAAAUGGACACAUGGUUCUUGUGGUAGCUGAAGGAGCAGGACAGGAACUCAUUGCCGAGGAGACCUCAAAUUCCAAGACUGGAAAAGAUGCCUCAGGGAACAAGCUUCUCCGUGAUGUCGGUUUAUGGCUUUCCCAAAAAAUCAAGGAUCAUGCUAAACAGCAAAACUUUCCUAUCACUCUUAAAUAUAUAGAUCCAACCUAUAUGAUUCGUGCUAUCCCUAGUAAUGCCUCUGACAAUGUGUAUUGCUCAUUGCUCUCUCAAAGUGCCGUCCAUGGAGCAAUGGCUGGGUAUACGGGCUUCACUUGUGGGCUAGUCAAUGGUCACCAGACUUACAUCCCGUUCAAUCGCAUCACGGAGCAGCAGAACCAUGUUGUGAUUACUGACAGAAUGUGGGCCCGACUUCUUUCGUCCACGAAUCAGCCAAGCUUCUUGCAACCGGACUUGGUUGAUGAAGCUCACAGUGAGGUGUUUGAUGGAGAUAGUAGUGUUGAGCCUAUGAAGACAGGUAAAUGAAGACUCACCCACCUCAGCAUGACAGAAAUAAAAGUGCAUACCCUCUCUCUAAUGGCAACUAUAUAUUGAUCUCUGGUGGAAUGAGUCAUGCAGGAAAUCUUUUGAAAUUCAUUGAUGUGUUUAGGUGCCUCAGAUGCUAAUGGUCAGUUGCUAUUUGGAGGUUCAACACCUGAUUUUUAUUUUUUAUUGUUUGAUUACUAACAGAGAAAAGCGUUAGGGAGUGGGUUUCAAAUUUUGCAGUCUUAGAAAUUAUAGUUCAGCAUGCAAAGAAAAUAUAUUGUAAUGAUUUCCUAUGACUGAGUGAUAUAAAUAUACCAUUCAACAGUAGUGAUUAUAUGGGAAACGACUCACUGACAUGAAAAUAUGGUGGUCUAAUCUUUUUUAUAUGAAUUUAAUGAUUUGACUAUUAUCGUUA